UGGAAGCGGCCCGCCACAGCCCUGUGAGCACGAACUUACACCCGGUCCUCGUCACUUUGUCUCCUGCCGCCCAAACCGAAGCGAUGUGAGCGCGGGGACCGCCGCUGGUGCAGCGCUGCCGUUGGGAUUCACCUCGUGGGAGGACUGGUCGCUUUUGUUCGCCAGCUGAGGAGAAGCGAGAUUACACAGGAAGUCAGACCUGCACACAGCGGCUGUCAGGAGCUCCUCACCCUGUCCGUCUGCCUGCUGACGGAGUCCAUCACAUCAUACAUCUUCUCCAGCUGUGACAGCUGCAUGGCUCUGUGGACAGCGAUAUCUGCCUGUUCGAUAAAUAGAUGACAGCUGAAUAAACUACUCUUGGGUGGAUCGUGAAGAAUUCUGCAUAGUCCUCUCUAAACAUAGACUUUGAUGGAAUCAGCCUCUUCUGAGGACCACUAGACUUCUUUAUUCACAUAACACAGCUGCCACAGUGCAUGAUGGGAUCAUUCCGGCGUCCCAGGCCUCGGUUUAUGAGCUCCCCGGUUCUGUCGGACCUCGCCCGGUUCCACGCCAGCUCACCUGCUCUGCAGCUCUCCAACACCAGUGUGUGGAACAGCGUCCAAUCAGCUGUGAUCAAGGUGUUCCAGGGCGGAGCUCUACAGGCUAACGAGCUGUACACACUUAACGAGAGCAUCAGGUGGCUGCUCAAGACGGAGAUGGGCUCCUUCAUCACAGAGUUCUUCCAGAACCAGCUGCUGACCCGAGGUCUGUCUGAAGUCCUGGACCAGAUCCUUCUUCACGCUGGCGACGACCAGCUCUGUGUCCUCGCAGAUAUAUGGGACAGAUUCUUCACAGAGACCCUCCCCACCCUGCAGGCCAUCUUCUAUCCUGUCCAGGGUCAGGAACUCACAGUGAGGCAGAUAGCUCUCUUGGCCUUCAGAGACCUUGUGCUGUUGAAGCUCCACCUGGAGGAAACCCUGGGAGCUGCAUCCUCUAUCCCCCCACCUGUCACACAGAUGCUGCUGGUGCUGCAGGGCAUCCAUGAGUCUGCUGCUCCCAGUUUGGAGUAUUGCCAGUUGGAGCGCCUGGUGCAGAUCGUCGUGUCUCCGUAUCUCUGCAACGUCCUGCACAACAGAACCAAGCUGCUGUUAGAGUCUCAUUACCUGCGGUCACCAGGGCUGUUGCUAGGUGACCAACCCCAGCCAAAAAUCACCAUCACUCAGCAUCACAGCUCCUUGGACUCGUCGUCUCUAGCGCCACUGGUGGAGCAGGAGGGGGAGGCCUACCUGGAGAAGGUCGGCGGCGUGCGGCGCCACACGGUGGCCAACGUGCACUCUGACAUCCGGCUCCUGUCAGUGUCAGGGAGGUUGCAUGCUGGAACGGAAAAGGGCAGUGCAGUGGGAGGGGGAGAAGGAGGGGUGGAGUUUUUGGAGGGGGGCAGGCAGAUGAGUCCCAAGCCAUUCUCCAGCCAACCAGACAUGGUGGAGUCUCCGAGGUCAAUCGUCUGUUGUCCUGACAGCUAGUCGGAGUGGACGCCAGAGACGAUGCAGGACAAGAAACGAGGGGGAAAGGAAACGGUUAAAAACAAGGCAGGAAGAAAAGACAGUACAGAAGAACCUGAUGCAACAAACUAAGGCUUGAUUGAGAAA